AUGGCUUCACUCCUCGCGGCUCUUUCAGCCUUGGGCUUGAUAGAGGCCGUGUGGGCUGAGCCUACAGUCUCGUUUCCAUUCAAUGCGCAACUGCCACCAGUCGCCAGGCCAAAUGAGCCCUUCUCAUAUUCGCUCUCUCCGAACACAUUUCGAUCCGGCACCAAUAUGACGUACUCUCUAGGGGAGCAUCCCAAGUGGUUAUCAAUCGAGAGCGAGAACCUACGUCUUUACGGGACACCAAAGGACGAGGAUAUCCCUCCAGGCGAGGUUGUAGGCCAACAGUUUGAUCUCAUUGCGACAGACGAUGAUGGUUCGGCUUUCAUGAAUGCUACUCUUGUCAUCUCACGCAGCCCACCGCCGUCUAUACAAAUCCCGCUCUCGCAGCAGAUGGAUCAUUUCGGGCAAUUCUCAGCUCCGUCUUCCAUAUUAUCCUAUCCAUCGACCGAAUUCCACUAUACCUUUGACCCGAAUACAUUUGGCACAGGGAAGAAUCUCAACUACUACGCCUCAACCAACGAUAACACUCCCUUACCAGCAUGGAUCAGAUUCGACGACAAAACAAUGACCUUUUCUGGCAGGACUCCAGCCUUUGAAACGUUGGUCCAGCCUCCACAGACAUUCGACUUUAAUCUUGUUGCGUCUGACAUCGUCGGCUUCUCGGGGACGUGUCUUUCCUUCGCCAUCGUAGUGGGAAGCCACAAGCUCUCUGCAGAUCAUCCAGUUGUUCUUCUGAAUGCUACAAGAGGGUCCAAGGCGAGCUACAAUGGUUUAGCAAAGGGCAUCCAGUUGGACAGCGAGGCCAUCCGGUCAGGUUCUCUCAACGUGUCAGUCGAGAACAUGCCAUCCUGGCUAACUCUUGACCAUGCAACGCUGCUUCUGGAGGGAACUCCGGGAGGCGAUGACCAUUCUACGAAUUUCACAGUCGUCAUUCAUGACUCUUUUGCCGACACGCUCAACGUUUUUGUCGAGGUCGAUGUGGCCUCGGGAGUAUUCCAGUCAAACCUCGAGGGCGUCAAAGUACAACCGGGGAGUGACUUCAGCCUAGACCUGUCUUCGCAUUUCCGCGAUCCAGAUGAUAUCGAGCUCAAAGUUGAUAUCGAUCCACAGGAGGGUUGGCUACAAGUCCAAGGGCUCAAGAUGUCGGGCCAUGUCCCCAAGACGAUGACGGGCAAGUUCAACUUGUCCAUCAAGGCGGUUUCAAAAAGCACCGGCCUUACAGAGACACAAGUCGUUCAUGCCGAUCUUCUCUCACCCUCAGAGGCGACGAACACGGCAUCGUCCUCCAGGCCUACAACGCCGGCUGGUGCGGCCUCCAAGGACUCCCACCGCCACCACAUAGGCACAACAGAUGUCCUCCUUGCCAUUAUUCUGCCAGUUCUUGUUAUUAUUUUCGCCAUCAUGCUGCUUGUAUGCCUCAUGCGAAGGCGGAAGCACCGUGGCACUUAUCUAUCGGCAAGAAAACAUCGGCCCAAGAUAUCGGACCCAAUACUCUUUACUGUGCGCAAUAACGACUCAGAUCUUGAAACAAUCUACCAUGCAGAGGACACUGUUCGCUCUAAAAUGUCUAAUAGCCCUCAGCUGCAUCCCAAAGGCGACGGAUACCGCGUUGGGGGGAGGAUUCGUCCCCUAAGGUCCGGUACACGACUAUUUAAGAAAGACGACGGUAUCUUUGCAAGAGUUGCUUCACGAGUGUCAUUAAGGUCAUUAGCAUCAGGCAAAUUGGGCGGUGGAUCGGCUAUGCGUGGUCCACCAUAUCCGAUGGCCUCGGGGGCUCGGUCUGCCACAGGCGGGAGCGUUAGCCUUCUGGGAGAUGAUGAAGAUCACGGCUCCUGGUUCACUGUGGAGAGGGCAACGGUUGGUGAAAGAAGCCACAAGUCGUCAGACAGCAGGCAGUCUGACACGACUCUACCUGAAGUCGCUCAGCCAUACUUGCCCACAUCUGGCUUUCUUUCAGAGGCGGGGGAGAGUGCAUUCAGGAGCGGAUUGGAUCUGACUCUGCCUUCGUUCGAUGACUUGGCCAACAUCCAACCCAUGCCCAUGGCGGCAAAACAAACGUCGGGCCAGCGAGCCAUCUCUCCGGCCUUUUCGGCCACGACAUCGAGCUCUGCCGCAUUGCCGACAGAUCUCGCUCUUAUUCAAGAGCCAUUCGACCCCAGCCUAGUCAGUCGAGCAAAAGCGACUGCCAGGAAGCCCGUGUCUAAUACAAAGGAAGCGAGUGAAGCAGCAGAAAGCGCCUCAGAGAUAAAGCAGCCAAACCAAGCGCGACUUCCAAGCCAACAAUGGCUCAGCCGCCGCGGCUCCUCCUGGAAAGAAGGAGACUCUGUCAACGGGGCUAAGAGCUUCCGCACCGAGCCGUCAUUCGGGUCCCAAGAGAACUGGCGCGUCAUCGGACGACGGGACCCAAGCGUGGCAUAUCUGGAGCUCGUAGACGAGACACCCUUUCUCCCGUCUCGAACGAAUUCGAAGAACAACCUGGGGCAGCCGGAAGAGAGGCACAGUCUCGAGCUCAUGUCCCCGAGCAAAUGGGGCGAAGACGAGCGGAAGAGCACAAUACGGCCGAUGCGGUCGACGAGUGUGCUGAGCGAUGAAAGCUCAUCUGUGUUUGGGGAGCGGGAAGCGCUGGCAAAGGCAAAGGCGACGGCUUGGAGGAGAGAUGAUUCAGCGGCCAAGGUAUCGGAAAGGAGCUUCGUGGCGUUUAUAUAA